AUGAUAUCCAAUUGUUCUAGAUUCUUCACAAAAGCUCUCUUCGUCAACACCAAACCCAAUUUACUCACAUACCCAGCCUUCUCCAUCUCUCGGAAUCUCUCGAUUCAUCUUCAUCAGGUUCGUGCAAUGGCUUCUGAAUCUGCCUCCUCUUCAGCUUUCAAGAAAAUCCAGAUUCAGAGAGACGACACGGCAUUUGAUGCCUAUGUGAUUGGGAAAGAAGAUGCUCCUGGGGUUGUUGUGCUUCAGGAAUGGUGGGGUGUUGAUUUUGAGAUCAAGAACCACGCCCAGAAAAUCUCUCAGUUGGAACCUGGCUAUAAAGCGUUGAUCCCAGAUUUGUACCGAGGAAAGCUUGGCUUGGAUGUCGCUGAAGCUCAGCAUUUGAUGGAUGGUCUUGAUUGGCAAGGUGCGGUGAAGGAUAUUCAAGCUUCAGUUAACUGGCUUAAGGCAAAUGGUUCUCAGAAGGUUGGUGUAACUGGUUACUGCAUGGGGGGUGCUCUUGCUAUUGCAAGUUCUGUGUUGGUCCCAGGGGUUGAUGCUGUGGUAGCCUUCUAUGGUGUGCCUUCACCAGAACUUGCAGAUCCUCUCCAUGCGAAGGCACCAGUGCAAGCACAUUUUGGUGAGCUCGACAAUUUUGUUGGAUUUUCUGAUGUGAAGACUGCGAAAGCCUUGGAGGAAAAGCUGAAGGCAUCAGGAGUUCCACAUGAAGUACAUAUUUAUCCAAGAGUUGCACAUGCCUUUAUGAACAAGUCCCCUGAAGGGGUUCAGAGAAGAAAAAAUAUGGGUUUGACUGAAGAAGAUGAUGUUGCAGUUGAGUUAGCAUGGACCCGCUUCAGUAAUUGGAUGAGUCGCUUUUUGUCUCCCUGA